AUGGUUGAAACCUUGUUUGAAGAUAUAUUUAGGGUUGAUCAGCUUGACCCUGAUGGCAAGAAAUUUGACAAAGUUAAUCGUAUUGAAGCAAGAAGCGAUCAAUUUGAUAUGUACAUGCAGCUGGAUGUGAAUACAGAUGUUUAUCCUAUGCAUGUUGGUGAGAAAUUUAUGAUGGUUUUAGCAACUACCUUGAACUUGGAUGGAACUCCUGAUAGUGGAUUCUUUUCUCCUGGUGGGCGAAAGUCACUUGCUGACAAGUUUGAAUAUGUGAUGCAUGGAAAAUUGUAUAGGAUCAAUGAAGAAGGCUCAGGAGCUAAUGUUAAAGCGGACAUUUAUGUCUCAUUUGGUGGUUUAUUGAUGUUGUUGAGGGGUGACCCUUCGAUUGCAGCUAAGUUUGAGCUUGAUCAGAGGCUAUUCAUCCUCAUGAGGAAGGUGGACAAGGCUUAGUUGUUCAACAUAUAUAUCAAUCAGGAUGAUGCCAAAGUAAUGAGAAUUAAUAAAAAAAAAUCAGAUGUAAAAUAUGUUGACAGUUUUAACUUCUCAUACAUUGUACGUACCCUUUGGGGGUUACUUUCUGCAAUAUGAAAAACAAUGGUAAUUUCUAAUCUGGAAACGUGAUUUUGGACAAA